UAUGCUAUUGCACAUUGUUUUAAACUUUUAAACAAACCAACACUUUUGCUGUUUGUAACAACUAUUUCACUAUACUUAUUUUGUUCACUUGAAAAUAAAAGUCAAGUCAAUAUGACCAGUAAUAUGGGUAGGCUAUCAAAAUGAUAUAAUUACAGAAAAUACACAGAACACAGUUUAGUGUUUAGUGCCAGAAUGUAUAAAUUUGGAAUAGAUGUAUACUGACUUAGACUUAGACACAGCUGGCGAAUAUUUUAAUGACACUACUGAAAAUCAUAUUCAAUUGAACAAAAAGCAUUUGGCCAAUGAGCAUCUAAAACUAAACCAUAUAAAUCAGUGGUUCUCAGGGUUGGUCCAGACCUGGACCCACUAUGUAUGUUGGGUUUUGGUACAGCCAGACUUUUCAUCUAAGGUUGUUUAAACUUGAACUUCAGCUUUAUUUAACACAAUACAGACUUUCCAUUUGCUCUGCCUUUGAAUUCUUCAGUUUCAGUAACUCUGUGUCCACUCUUUGAACAGUUAGGACCCAAAUAAUUUUACCAGCCAGUCUAUAAUUGAUUCAAUUAUAAAUGCGUAUGCCUAUUGUAUAUAAUGGCUUUAAUAUGACCAAGUGACAUUAAAAUUGUCGAACUGAGAAACAAUUAGUGGCUUUUUUUCUCAUUCAGAGGUCUCAGCAACGGUUGAAAAUUCAUACACCAGCAUACACAAUGGUUUUGGAACCACUGCUAUAAAUGGAAGUAGGAACGAGUUACUAAAUGUGAAGGGUUUAGCAGUCCGUCACGGACUUCGAUUCAGGGGACAGGAAAUGAAAGCAAUAGUACGGGAAAUAUGGCGGCGCCCUGUAAACAUACCAAUACCAAACUCGAGAACUAGUUGCCUCAUAUCGCUUUAACUAACAAUAAUUUAAUAUGGCUACAUCCAGCAGGGUUCAUUAGUAAACAGGCUAAUCAUUAUUCCAAGACAAAAUGUGGAAAAAUGUCAAGUAUGUUCAGCCAAAAGGAUUUAGACAAAUAGCAAUUAUUGGUAUGAAUUUACUCGCUCCAAAAACAUGUUGUUUUGGACUAUGGCGGGUCAGACGGAUUUUAUCGAGCUACAACAGCAGUGUACAUCACACGGACCAUUCUGUCCAGAAAGAGUGUAGAACGGAACCACCUUGGAAGGUUCUGUUCUUCGGAACGGACGAGUUCGCCGUGGAAUCUUUGAAAAUUCUCUAUGCUUCAAGACAGGAGUCUAGUGGCAGAAUCGUUGAAUCCCUUGAAGUAGUGACCUUAGACAAGGACCUGCCCGUCAGGAGAUUUGCCAGUGCGAAUAACCUUGUGGUCCAUGACUGGCCGCAUGUACAUCCGCAAGGACGGUUCGACGUGGGUGUGGUCGUGUCUUUUGGCUGUCUGCUUCGGGAGGGUCUGAUCCGUCAGUUUCAGUACGGGAUCCUGAAUGUUCACCCUAGCCUUUUACCCCGGUGGCGAGGCCCAGCCCCGGUGUUCCACACUGUUCUUCACGGAGACGCUGUCACCGGAGUCACCAUCAUGCAGAUUAGGCCCAACAGGUUUGAUGUGGGCCCUAUUCUCAGUCAAGAAGUCUGCCAGGUUCCAGAGCACUGUACAUCUGAACAGCUGGGAGCCAGUUUGGCCACUGUGGGAGCCUCUUUGUUAAUUGAAACCCUGAAAAAUCUUCCGGAGAGAAUAGCAAACAGGAAAGAGCAGUCAAAGGAAGGUGCUACUUUGGCCCCCAAAAUCAACACGGCCAUGAGUUGGGUGAUGUGGGAAGAGCAGACUUGCGAUCACAUCAGCCGUCUGUAUCGUGCUAUCGGCUCACGGGUCCCACUAAGAACCCUUUGGAUGGGAGACUUCAUAAAGCUUUUGGACUUUGUGGGGAAAUUCAGCGUAUCAGAAGCUGAAGACAGAGCAGUGCCAGGAUCCAUACUGUUCCACAAGGAGUCAAACACACUACUUGUUCGCUGCAAGGAUGGCUGGGUGGGAUUCAAAACAGUGAUGCUGAGGAAAAGGCUUUCAGCUGCAGAUUUUUACAAUGGCUACCUUCACACCUUCUUCAUAAAGAGACAUUGCCUACAACACCAGCACUGCCUGUUUCAGAGCAAACUGGCCCAAACCAACGAACAGCCUUCAAGACUGACCCCUCCCAGACUGGGUGCACACGCAACUGGAACAGUUUAUCGCUCAAAAGACUGAACUUAAACGCGUUUGUGCCACAAACAUAUGCCUGUUUUAAGGCAGUGUUGAGGUGUUGUAUAAUUAUUAGCCCACAUUAGCUGACCAUGCCUGAAUGCAGUGGUAGGUGACUCAGUGAGGAGAAGGGAAACUGGCUUGAUACAGUUAAGCUCAAUUUUAAUGGGGAGAAGAAAAAAAACAUUUUCCCAGAAGAUUGUGACAUUGCUCUGUACACCAGACACGCUUAUUUUGCUUGGGCGUAACCUCUCUGAAUUGCUAUGACUCUUGAAGUGUGUGCAGUUUAUCAAUUUUGGUAAAGAGCAGAACUUUGAAUCAGCUUUUCUGAUUGGGCAGAAGCGAUGAGCUGCAUCAGCUGUCUCACAUGUGGAAGUGUGUGAUCUUUUUUAGUGUCACCUUUUACUGGUGACCAGGGCUAAUAAAACAGGGUUGAGACAGAAUGACAAGUCCAUGCCAGGGUUAUUAAAAAAUGCACAAAACAGGGCCCAGGUGGUAACUUUGCGUAAUGGCUGUGGUAGAUUCGGCUUUACUCCUACUGUCAACUCGCAAUUCGUUGUCCCCCUGUAUUUAGCUGCAUUUAGGAUUUCUAAAGUUCUACCCAGUCUUAAAAAGAGACCACCACAAUGCACUGAGAUGUAGGCUACGGGAAAAUUGAAACGUGGCAAUUUUUAAAUUGGAACAAUUUAUUAAAGGGUUACACAUUGUAAAUGCCAAAAUUGGGGGAUACAUAUUUUUUGUGCAAUUUGUCCUGUAGGUGGCUUGGAAAAAAAAAAACACUUUCAGUGCAGGAAUAACCCUGCAUGCAUUGCUGCCAAACCAGAAGAAAAUUAGGAAUGUUAUCACAUGGAGCUACUUGGUUCCAGUUUGACACCAGUGUGCACGCACGCACACACACCACAACCAAAUUUCAAUAACCUUGAGGACGGCCUCACUUAUUGGCUCUACCCUAUGUGUAGCUUAACCACUCCCUUGAUGCUGCAAUAAAAAGCCUACAUUA